GGCCUUUAUAUUCGCAGAGAUACUCAAAUUCCCAUUCUCACUAAAUCAUUUUUGCUCCUCAAAAUCGUUGUGUUCCUUUUCCUCGAUGCAAAAAGAUUUGUAGCGACGAGUGAGAAAAGAGAAGAAUGUCGAAGGCUGGUGCAUUUGAUCUGGCUUCCGGUCUCGGUGGCAAGAUCGAGAAAACCGAAGUCCUUUCUUCUGUUGAAAAGUACGAGAAAUAUCACGUCUUUUAUGGAGGUGAAGAGGAAGAGAGAAAGGCCAACUACACUGACAUGGUUAACAAAUACUAUGAUCUGGUUACCAGCUUUUAUGAGUUUGGAUGGGGUGAAUCUUUCCAUUUUGCUGCCAGAUGGAAAGGGGAGUCUCUCAAAGAAAGCAUAAAGCGCCAUGAACAUUUUCUUGCUGUACAACUUGGUUUGAAGCCUGGACAGAAGGUGUUGGAUGUUGGAUGUGGAAUCGGUGGACCACUUAGAGAAAUUGCUCGAUUCAGUUCCACAUCUGUCACUGGGUUAAACAACAAUGAAUAUCAAAUAACAAGAGGGAAGGAACUAAACCGAAUUGCUGGAGUGGAGAAAACUUGCGACUUUGUGAAGGCUGACUUUAUGAAGAUGCCGUUUCCUGACAACACCUUUGAUGCAGUUUAUGCAAUCGAAGCUACCUGCCAUGCUCCGGAUGCUUAUGGAUGCUACAAGGAAAUUUACAGAGUACUAAAGCCGGGUCAGUGUUUCACUGCGUACGAGUGGUGCAUGACUGAUGCUUUCAAUCCAAAUAACCCAGAACAUCAGAAAAUUAAGGCCGAAAUCGAGAUUGGUGACGGUCUACCGGAUAUCAGGAUGACUAGACAGUGCCUAGAAGCUCUAAAACAGGCUGGUUUUGAGGUAAUUUGGGAGAAAGAUCUUGUUAUCGACUCCCCUGUCCCUUGGUACUUGCCUUUAGACAAAAACCACUUCUCAUUGAGUAGCUUCCGUCUAACAGCUCUUGGACGCUUUUUCACUAGAAAUAUGGUCAAGGCUCUAGAAUUUGUGGGACUAGCUCCAAAAGGAAGCCAAAGGGUUCAAGAUUUUCUCGAGAAAGCCGCAGAAGGGUUGGUUGAAGGUGGCAGGAAAGAGAUAUUUACGCCUAUGUAUUUCUUUUUGGCCCGAAAACCACUUUCGGAGAGCCAGUGAUGCAGGGGUGAAAACUGAAUUAAUCUCAUUGAAAUUGAACCAAAUCUGGCUAGUUGGGCCAUUAUCUGUAAAAGCUUUAGAGAUUUGGUGUUUAUUACUUGGUUGAUUUCGGUUGUUUGAAAAUUAGCCGAAUGAUUUGAAACAUAUAAAUUAUUGUAUUUUAAACUU